GCGGGUCACAUGAUUCUUGGAGGAUGGCGCUGCUCGCGAGGCUGCUGCUUGCGGGGCUCCUGCUGCUGGGCGGGCUGGACCGUCGGGGCUCGGGGACCGCUGCCGGUCCGGUGCCGUUGGUCAUCUGGCACGGCAUGGGAGAUAGCUGUUGCAACCCCAUAAGCAUGGGAUAUAUUAAAAAAAUGGUGGAAGAGAAAAUCCCAGGAAUUUAUGUGCUGUCUCUGAAGAUAGGCAACAGUUUAAUUGACGACAUGGAGAACAGCUUCUUCAUGAAUGUCAACAAUCAAGUCAAGAAAGUGUGUGACCAGCUUUCUGAAGAUCCUAAUCUUCAAGGUGGCUACAAUGCCAUGGGCUUUUCACAGGGAGGACAGUUCUUGAGAGCGGUGGUGCAAAGAUGUCCAUCUCCACCUAUGUUCAACCUGAUUUCCAUAGGAGGUCAGCAACAAGGUGUGUUUGGUUUCCCACACUGCCCUGGGGAGAGCUCGCAUAUCUGUGAUUGGUUGAGAAAAGUGCUGGAUAUUGCUUACACAGAUGCAAUUCAGCAGCGCCUAGUCCAGGCACAAUACUGGCAUGAUCCGGUGAACGAGAAGGAAUACCGCAGAAGCAGUCUCUUCUUGGCUGACAUCAACCAGGAGCGGGUCAUCAAUGAGACUUACAAGAAAAACCUGAUGACUCUGAAAAAGUUUGUGAUGGUGCGGUUCCUCAAUGACACCAUGGUAGAUCCCCCGGUCUCUGAGUGGUUUGGUUACUACCGGAGCGGCCAGACUAAAGAGACCAUUCCUCUUCAAGAGACUACGCUCUACACAGAGGAUCGUUUGGGCCUGAAGGAAAUGGACAAAGCAGGAAAGCUGGUGUUCCUUCAGGCAGAAGGAGACCAUCUCCGCUUUUCCAAAGACUGGUUCUUCAAGAACAUCAUGCCAUAUCUAAGCGAUGCUGGUGAUGAGAGUUGGGCUGUUCUAGCGUAGGGUUUGGGGGUUGGAGGUGAUCUCCAUGGCAAGGUGAGAUAUGUCCCAUAGUCAGCUAUCCUGAAAGACGGGCUCUUUCUACUAACCUUGCUAGGCUAUUGUUCCGUUUCAGGAUUAACAGUUAGUCAUGUUCAACUGAAAGUAUUUCAAUUUUUUUCAAAACCCAACCUGGCCUUGUCUCCAGGAUCUGCCUGUUGCAGAUAUUAAAUCAUCUGUCACCUGAUAGCAUGGUAUUUGUAUUGCCACAAUGGAGCUGGUCCCCAAGGCUCGGGGGAGGGUGUAAUUGAUACCAUUCGCACGGUGUGAAAUUCCCACCAGGUGCGUGUGAUACGGGUUGCGUUCGACAGAGGGACCACUUCUGUGAUCUUGUUGAAGU